UCAUGCAUACAAUUAAAAUAUCCUCUGUUAUUGUACAAGCGUCUUCACUCUCUAUGAUAUGCAUAAGUAAUGUGUUUAUAUAGUAUUAAUAAUUACCGAAAAAAUACGAUCCAGUAGUCUGGCUGGUAAAAGAACCUGCAGUCCAUGACACAAGAAACGAGAAAGUUUGGAAACUCAGUGUCAAUMGCUAUCUAGUAUCCCUGGUCUGUGCAUACUGUAGGAGGCAUCAUGGAGAUACUUCCAARAUCAUUAACAAAGAAAUUGCUUCGUCCCAAGGAAUCAAUAUCGACUAGCAAUGAAGACAAGAAAAMAAGUUCUCUCUCCGGCCAUUCCUCCAAGUCUAGUCGUAAAUCAUCGGCAAUUAACACUUUCAUAAAACAUUUGAAGAAAUAUWUCUUAAAGCUAAAAUCUUGUGGAAGAUUUCCUUAUCAAAAAGACAAUGUAGGAAACUGGUUUACACAGGAAAUUCCACUACCCCAAGAUACGUCUAAACAGAGGCACAUUAAUGUUUUAAAUUCCACUAAAGGAAGGCCUGGAACUGACGUAAGUCAAUAUCCUCCUAUAAAUGGAACUGACUUUAUCACAAAUGYACAAGAAAGUGAUGAUUAUCUAGUUCUGUACCAUGGCACUAAUCACAAAUUUGCGAAAGACAUCAUCGAAAGUGGAAUUCGACUCGACAAACUCGACCCUCAAAGACGACAAGAUUUUAGCUGUGGCAGUGGAUUUUAUUUGACGCGCCAAUUCAGAUCCCAGACAGGUAACACGGGAGCUGUAAAUUGGGCAUUCCAUCKUUGGAAUACAUCACACAAUCAGGCAGUUUUGAUUUUUAAGGUUCCAAAUUCUGAAUUUGAUAAGUAUCGCAAAAAGUCAAAGGAGUUAGUAAAGGAUGAAAAUGAACUGUUGAAAUUUGCGCAAGACUUUAGAAAGUGUUCCAGUAAGGAUGGAGUCUCCAAGCGCACUCAGGAAAGAAAAUUAGAGAACUAUCCAUGCUUGGAAGGGCCAUGGGUGGGWGGCCCGAGUAAGUGCCACGUUGAUAAAUUAAUUGAAGGAACCUACCAAUUUUGUUUGCAUAGCGAAAGACUUGCAGAACUCUUCAAUCAAUGGCUCCACACAGCCAUAUUUUUUAAUAAGUCUUAAAGUACAUGAUAAUUGUGAGUCGAAAGAAAAAAAUAUACAAUAAAAUAAAGAGAAAAUAAAAGAAUAAUAAAACUUAAUAAAAUUUUCAAAUUUUCAUACUUUAUGCAUUGUGACACCUUAGUCGUAAAUACGUACCACUAAUUUAGUGAUGCAUGCCUUCUCAGAAGGGUUUGAUUAGUAGUAUUAUCCGAACGUUCAAUUGGAUAAAAAGCGGCRAAAUUGAUGAUUACAAAGAGGGAGAGGKUACCAUGGGUCAGUGAUAAAGUCCGCGCGUCGCUUUGAYUUAUCAAUUAAAAGAAACUAGUARAUUCCUUAGAAUAAUGAUUGAUUUUUAGAAUAUAUGUCUUUGGUUUCUGCGUAAUUGAACAACAUACUUAACGAGAUACUGAUGCGAGUUGCUCACCGGCGGUACCGUAAGAUUUAGUGAGACAUCUUUA